AUGGGUUUCGCACCUCGAGGCGGACGUGGCGGCGCUGGUCGCGGUGGAGGCGGUUUCCGUGGUGGCGGUGGUGACCGUGGUCGCGGCGGUGGCCGAGGUGGUGCUCGCGGCGGCCGUGGAGGACCUGGCGGUGCUCGCGGUGGCUUUGGCGGUCGUGGCCGCGGCGGCCCUCCCCGUGGCGGUCGUGGGGGCCGUGGUGGAAGGGGUGGUGCUGCCGGCGGUGCCAGGGGUGGCAAGAAGGUCGUUGUUGAGCCUCAUCGUCACAAGGGUGUCUUCGUUGCCCGCGGCGGCAAGGAGGAUAUUCUGGCGACUAUCAACCUGACCCCCGGCGAGUCAGUCUACGGCGAGAAGAGAAUUUCCGUCGAGAAUGCUUCCAAGAACGACGAUGGCACUCCCACGACCAAGACCGAGUACCGUGCAUGGAACCCCUUCCGAAGUAAGCUGGCUGCCGGUAUCCUUGGUGGUAUCGACAACAUCUUCAUGAAGCCUGGCUCCAAGGUUCUUUACCUUGGUGCUGCCUCUGGUACCUCAGUCUCCCACGUCGCCGACCUUGUCGGUCCCACCGGCUGCGUCUACGCCGUCGAGUUCAGCCACCGAUCCGGCCGUGAUCUCAUCAACAUGGCUACCAAGCGCACCAACGUCAUCCCCAUCGUCGAGGACGCUCGCCACCCCCUCAAGUACCGCAUGCUCGUCCCCAUGGUUGAUGCCAUCUUCGCCGAUGUUGCCCAGCCUGACCAGGCCCGUAUCGUCGCCCUGAACGCCAGCCUGUUCCUGAGGAAAGCUGGUGGUAUGCUCAUCUCCAUCAAGGCCAACUGCAUUGACAGCACUGCGCCGCCAGAGCAGGUCUUCGCACAGGAGGUCGAGAAGCUCAAGUCGGAGAAGUUCUUCCCCAAGGAGCAGCUGACGCUAGAACCCUAUGAGCGUGACCACGCCAUGGUGGCGGCCGUGUACCUGCAGAAGGAGUUUGAGGGCUAG